GGGACAUGUGGGGAAAGCCCAGGCAAUGAUAGCAGCCCCCCGCCGCGUCGUAUGUGACCGAUUAGAAUGGGGGAAUUAAUUCACACCAUCGCCGAUCACACCGAUGACGUGAACGCCUGUGCCUUCUCCGACUCCUUCCUCGCUACGUGUUCCUUGGAUAAAACCAUCCGGAUUUACUCCUUGAAGGACUUCAAAGAGGCGCCGUUCUCUCCGCUGAGAGGACACACGUACGGAGUGCACUGUUGCUGCUUCUCGGAGGAUAAGCCCAUCCUGGCAUCUUGCUCCACGGACGGUAAAACCAUCGUGUGGAGUAUGAAGGAUGGGAAGAUGUUGUCUACCUUGGAGCAGCCGAGCGGCAGCGCAGUGAGAGUCUGCAGGUUUUCACCCAAUUCCAUGUAUCUGGUAUCCGGUGCGGCCGACGGCGCCGUGGUCCUGUGGGAUUUGCCGUUAUUGAAGCUUCACAGGUCGAGCUUCGUGAAGGACGGCUCGCUGGUGGCAUGUGCCUUUUCUCCCAGGGGCAAUUUUUUUGUCACUGGCUCGUCGUGUGGAGACAUAACAGCCUGGGACGAGAACAUGAAGUGUUUACACAACGAGAAAGCGCACGACUUGGGCGUCACGUGCUGCAACUUUUCUUCGCAACCAAUAUUUGACGCGGAACGCGGCAUUGAAUGUUUCCAAAUGGCAUCGUGUGGGCAAGACAACAAAAUCAGAUUGUGGCUGAUCUCAUUCAGUAAUGUGAGAGGUUUUGAAAUGUGGUGUAAAGUGACAGUCGGUGGACAUUCUGCUCCCGUUCUGUGCUGCUCUCUCUCUUCUGAUGGUCAAACGCUUGUCUCCGGGUCCGUUGACAAAUCUGUUAUCAUCUACAAAGUAAAAGCCAGAUGCGUUCUUCACACCCUGACUCAUCACACACGAUACGUCACAGCAUGUGCCCUCGCUCCCAGCCAUCCACUGCUAGCCACGGGAUCCAUGGACAAGACCGUAGCCAUCUGGAAAAUGGAACAGGAGCAUGACUCAGAAGGCACAAUACACAGCAGGGCAGUGUCGCGUAUCGACGGCUGGUCAGAGGAAGAUGUCCAGACCUGGCUGUCUAAAGAAGGUCUAUCGGAAGUGGGAAACGUUUUCCAGGCGAAUAACAUUGAUGGGAAAGAACUAGUGAACCUGACAAAGGACAGCCUGCUGCUAGAUCUCAAAAUAGAGUCCCUUGGCUUGCGGAAUAAGAUCUUAAGGAAAAUUGAAGAGGUAAAGAGCAAAAUGAAGAUGGCUUCUGGCAGCGUCCCGGAGGAAUUUCUCUGCCCUAUCACUUGGGAGGUGAUGAAGGAUCCUGUAAUGGCAUCAGAUGGUUAUUCCUAUGAAAGAACUGCAAUAGAAAAUUGGAUCAGUACUAAGCGGACAAGUCCCAUGACCAACCUUCCUCUGGAGAAUCUUCUUCUAACACCUAACAGGACACUAAAAAUGGCCCUGAACCGCUGGACACAAGCCACAAGUGAACUGCAAAUGAUGACAUGUAAGUAAUGGCUACCAGCCAGGAGAUCCCAUCCC